AUGGCCAGCCUUCUGCGAUCCUUCCAGCAGCAGCGGGAGGACGACGAGGGGAGCAGCGGGGGGUCGGACGGUCCUCCUCAUCUGGCGCAGAGUGGGCGGGACGGGCGCGGCGGGCGGGGCAGUAUCGACCGGGCGCAGCAGCAGCAACAGCAGCGGCAGCAGCAGUGCUUCGAUGUGGAGGACGUGGUGCGGCGCUUCCCCAUGCUGCAGGAGCUGCUCAUCGUGCUCCCAGACUGCGAGUUCUCUCUAGACAGAGAGGCAUCGCUGCAUUGGUACGCGGACUUCAACGAAACGCUCUCCUCCUGCGCCAUCGUUGCAGCUGAUUCCAUCUCCCUCCUCUCCCACCCCACUCCCAUUCCUCUUAGUACUCCCUCCCCUACGUCUUCCGCCCCCACCGCAUCCGCCUCCCCUCCUCCUUCCACUCCUCCUGCUCCUCGCUCUCCUCCUCCUUCCGCUCCACCUGCUCCCCCCACUCCCCCUUCUCCCGUUCCUCCUCCUCCUCCGCCUGUCUCGUGCCCCCACCAAGGUACAUCCCUGUCAAACCGCCGGCCUUCACGUAUCCCCUCUCUCUCGCGCUCCUCCUCACAACCUCCCCUCUGGGCGCCCCUGUGGGACUGGAUGUCAGCUGCUGGCACGUCUUCACCCAGACAAGCCACCGCCACUGCUGCCAGCACAACCCACCAGCAAGCCACCACCACCGCCACUGACACCUCUCCUUCCUCCUCUUCUCCAGGCCCCACCUCGCCCUCUCAUCCCUCCGAGCUCUGCAAUGGGUCUUCUCCAUCGUCUCCCUGCCACGAAAACACGCAGGGAGACGCUGGUUCAGCAGGAAAGUGGAUGGGGAACAAGCAGCAGCGUUCUGGCGACCGUGGAAAGGCACGGGACAAGGGGAAGGGGAAAGAGAAGGUGGAGCUUCGGAGAAACUUUGUGGUGGAGACUGGUGACGGAGGAAACGCAGGGCAGGUGGAGCAGCAGGGCGGGUGCAUUGUGGCUAGACUGGGCUUUUCCCGGGUGGUGGACAUUACAGAUUCCUCCCAACAGCCUUAUCGGAACGAGCGUCCGGCCGUUGGGAUGCCGCCACCUGUCCCGGCUCGCUCUCUCUCCUCCAUGACUCGCCUGCUGGCUGCAAGCAGGGGCCCCCCAACUUCCCCCACGUCAUCCUGCUUCCCUACCUCAUCAACCCGGCGUCAGCCGUUCCGCCCUCCCCCCAUCCGCCUGACGCCAAACGGCCUCAAGGAGCGCAUUGCAUGGACCAUCAGUGCUGCUGUGGCGGCAUCGGCUCGCCAUGAGCUGCUACGGCGCAUUGCAAGGCAGCUGCCAGAGCUGAGGCAGGUGGCCAUUGCUGACGUGCAAGGCCAAGGCAGCCUCUCACUUGGUCCUGAACAGGUAUGA